UUUCCUCUUAUCCAGCCAUCCAGGAGAAGCCAUGCAGAAGGCACAUCAUGAAGCCGCCUUUGAACCACCAGGAUACCAGGAAAGAGAGCCUGCCCAUUGGAACCCAGAGGACCAGCAUCAGCGUGGUAGAGAGUGACCUCUUACUGGAGUCCUUGACUGGUUUAGCCUUGGUGGUGAGCACAGAUGGGUUGAUAUUCUACGUCUCCACCUCCAUUGUUGACUACCUGGGCUUUCAUCAGACGGAUGUGAUGCACCAGAAUGUAUUUGAUUAUGUACAUGUGGAGGAGCGGCAGGAGUUCAGAAGACAGCUCCACUGGGCCAUGAACCCCGGGCCACAGGGGGCAUCCCUGAACCAGCACUCGGCCACAGUAACUGAUGAUGAUUUUGUGAUGAGCAAUCUCUUUAACGCCCUGGAGCCUGACGGUGUUCCUCUAGAGCUCACCUCUUUCCUGACUCGCUGUUUCAUCGCCCGGGUCCGCUGCCUAUUGGACAGCACCUCAGGCUUUCUGAGCAUGCAGUUCCAGGGCAGCCUGAAGUUCCUGCAGGGCCAGAAGAAGAAGACAGAGUCCGGGGCACUGCUGCCCCCCCAGCUGGCCCUGUUCUGUGUGGCCGUGCCCCUCAUGAUACCCUCCAUCACAGAGCUGAAGAUGAAGAACAUGACGGCCAGGAGCAAGAACAAGGGCCCCGCCAUCACCACACCGGAUAAGCACAGUGACAAGAGGCAUUGCUCCUCCAGAGGCUCAUAUGACAGCAGUGACUUACUGUUUCUGAAUGGGUCCAGCAGCACUACCAGAGAACCCUGCCACUACACCUCAUGGACACCCCUCUCCAAAGACGGCACCAGGUACAAGAACGACAGCUACUACACCCAGGAGGAGCCCCUGAACUUCUGCCUAUCCUCCAUGAAUGGUGGUCCCAAAGCUCAGAGCAUGGAUCAUCCAUGGGACAUUCGCACAGGGUCCGCCAUGCGAAAGGGCCCAAGCGGCACCUACACACCAGGCAGACAAAGCAAGUACAAUCCCCUGGGGAAGAUUAGAUCCUACAGGAUGUCUCCAGGAUAUCACGCUAACAGACAGGACGCAUCUCAGAACAAGCUGUACGGAGGCCUCCACAGCCCUGAGGUGGAGAGCUACAGCGAAGAUGGCAUGAAGACAGACAACAGGUACAUGGGCAACCAUCUUGACUGUUACAAUGGCAUGGUGUUGCCUGAGACGGCCAUAAAAACAGAGCAGGACUCUGACUCAGAAAACGGUUGCAAUAUCUACGGCAUGACCCAAAAUAGAGCCUGGGUGGGGAACGAAAAGCGCUACAUGGGCUACUCAGAAGAACCACAGGUGAAGUCAGAGGCUGACUACUAUGAACAAUACACCACCUGCCAAAAGAACAAGACCAACAUGAGCCCAACGCUCAAUGGACACCAUAAAUACUUAUAUACAGCGGGGAACAGGGCUCAGAAGGAUCAUAGGAUACCACACUCAGACACUCUGUGUAGCAGUCAGGGAGAAAACUGUACGGACAUCAGUGUAUAUGGCUACAUGCAGCAAGACAACAAACUGAACUACGAGUUCAGGAAUCACCUGGUCCACGCUAUAAAGAGGGAACCCAUGGACUCACCUCCAUGGUCUGACAAUGGCCAUGACAUUAGCCAAAUACCCUUGCAGAGAAGUAUGAUUCCCAACUCAUCAAUGAAUGCUAUUGUAUACAAACCAAACCCAUAUAUCUACAUGCCAUGAGCUCAAGGGACAAUCUUAAAAACCAUCUGGACUCCACCUUGCUUCUUUAUUGUAUUGAUUCUUAAAAUAGCAGGGUGGGUGGUUAUUUAUACUCAACUCAGGUAAUCAACAGUGUUACAAAGCAGAAAGAUAUGGAAGCAAUGGAGAGAUGUUUUUAUAUGACAUGAAUAUGACAUGCAGAACCUACUGCAAUUCACAUGAGUUCUACAUUUGUUUUUAAACACAUUUCAUAACUUCUCGUUUUUAAACCAAGCCAUGUCACCUGUCAUGUCAAAUUAACUGUAUUUCUAUUCAAUGCAUUUUACCGCAAAUGGAACAGAAAAUACAUGCAUUGAUUAAUUAAAUUGUGGGCUCCUGAGUUGCGCAGCGGUCUAUGGCACUGCAUCGCAGUUCUAGAGGCAUCACUACAGACCCUGGUUCGAUCCCGGGCUGUAUCACAACCGGCUGAGAUUGAGAGUCCCAUAGGGCGGCGCACAAUUGGCACAGGGUCGUCCGGGUUAGGGGAGGGUUUGGCCAGGGUAGGCUGUCAUUGUAAAUAAGAAUUUGUUCUUAACUGACUUGCCUAGUUAAAUAAAGGAUUAAAAAUAAAACAUGUAAUGUAGUUUAUUUUUCAUUGAUUAUUCAGAUGAACAUAUUGAUUAUAUGAUUUAUAAUGUGAUUGAUUGUUCAAUGUCCAUUGAGUCAUGAACCUUUAUGAAUGAGAUACUGUAUCUUCAUUGUUUUUAUUCAUGACAGGUUGAAUUAAUGUAUUAUUUUAACAGUGAGUUUGGCAGUUUUGUCUUAUAAAACAGUGUUACAAAUGUAAAUUAAACAAAGCUUCACCUAACAGCCAUUUACAAACAUUAAUGUCUAAGAUGGUCUCUGAGCAUAAUAAUGUAAAAAUGUAUUACACAGAAAUACUGUUAAUUUAAGUUUGUGGUCCAAUGUAAUAUUAUUUGCCAAUGUUUGUAAAAUUGUAGUACAUUCAAAAGAAAUGUUAGAAACUGUAACUCUGUUUUAUGAAGCCAAUUUGUUAUUAUAUUUUGAAAAGGAAAAAAUAUUUGAAACUAUGACAUGUCCCCUUAUGCAUUCCAUAGCUGCAUGCAGCAGUCUCUACGGCAUUCUUUUAUGGCGUUCGUUUUUUAAAACAAAGCUUUCCGAGCUCUUUCGCUUGCAUUUGUCUUUAUUUAAAACUAUUAUGCAAAUGUAAAUAAUGGAAUUCCAGCUCUUUUUUUUAACAACUGUUGGUAAUGCUUUUUAUUGUGUAUUUAUUGUAAGUACUUUACACUGAACAAGAGAGAAACAUAAGGUUUAUCGUAAUAUAUUGAAACAAUAAAUAAAUAGAACAACCUGCGUGUUGCACUAUAGCACAUUUUACAGGAAGGACUACAGGCAUACUAGUUUGAAUUGAAUUGAA